UAUUAUCAAAUUGGUUGACCGACAGACCGACCGGUAAAGAUGCGAAAAUAUUUUUUGGCACCGUUACAGGUGCGACAAUUAGCCACGCAGCCAAAAUUGGCCGUAAAACCAAAUCACCAAUGGAAAAGUGUGGUUGGUCUCGAAGUACACGCGCAAAUAUCAAGCACAUCCAAACUAUUUUCAGGCAGUGGUACAACCUUUGGUGCGCCUUUAAACAGUGCCGUAUCAUUUUUUGAUGCCUCCAUACCGGGAACUUUGCCGGUAUUGAAUCGCAAAUGCGUGGAGUCGGGCAUUAAAACAGCUCUGGCACUUGGCUGCCAGGUCAAUGAAGUAUCCAUGUUUGAUCGUAAACAUUACUUUUAUGCAGAUUUGCCGAAUGGCUACCAGAUUACACAACAACGCGCGGCGUUGGCAAACAAUGGAAAAAUUUCAUUUCCCGUGAUUACACCUGGUACGAAGGUUUAUUACAAAUCCGUUAAACUAUUGCAAUUACAACUUGAGCAAGACAGUGGCAAGUCGUUGCACGAUGAUGAACUAAAGAGAAGUUUAGUUGACUUGAAUCGUGCUGGCUUGCCCUUAAUGGAACUGGUAUUUGCACCUGAUUUAGAGACGGGUGAAGAGGCAGCUUCGUUAGUGAAAGAGCUGAUGCUCAUACUGAGACGUCUACACACUUGUAGCUGUAAAAUGGAAGAGGGCGCCCUACGUGUUGAUGCGAACAUAUCCAUACACAAAACGGGUGAGCCAUUGGGUGUGCGCACAGAGGUGAAAAAUAUUGGAUCCGUGCGCAGUAUUUCCCAAGCUAUUUCUUAUGAAAUCAAUAGACAAAUUAAGCAAGUCGCCGCUGGUGGCAUUAUAACCAACGAAACGCGCUCUUGGGAUGCGGACGGCAGACGCACAGUUGCGAUGCGUGAUAAAGAAGUUUUGCAAGAUUAUCGUUUCAUGCCCGAGCCUAAUUUGCCACCACUGCAUGUUAAUUUAAAACCAGGCUCUCAAUCAACUGAGGAUUUGAUAUCGGUGGCAGCAUUGAGUGAAGAAAUUCCGGAGUUACCUGAGCAUACACGACAAAGGCUCGUAGAGCAUUAUAAAUUAAAUUCGGAAACUGCCAUCAUAUUAGUGAAUGAGCCGAUUUUAUUGGAACAUUUUCUCAAUAUAACUAAAAGUUUGAUGGACGUGCCAACAAAAGUUGUUACGAAUUUUCUUAUCAAUGAUUUGUUGACCUAUUGCAAUAAAAUUAAUGUGGAUGUGGAAGACUGCGCCUUAAGUUCCACAGACCUAAAGGAUGUCCUAAAAUCGUUGCACUCAGAGGAAAUCAACUUGCAGGCAGCACGUCAACUUAUAGAACUGUUGCACAAUAAUCCAAAGACCGAUAUAAAUACGCUUAUUGAACAACAUAACCUGCAACAAAUUUCGGAUCUCAAUACCAUUGAAUCCUACUGCCAGCAAGCAAUUAACAAUCAACCAACGGCUGCGCAGCAAUAUCGAAAGGGCAAGACCAAAGCACUCUUCGCUUUAGCCGGCGAAGUGGCCAAACUCUCAGCACAGAAAGCCAAUAUGAAAAUCGUAGUACAGUGUUUGGAAAAAUUGCUGAAGGAUUAAUAAAAAGACGGUAUUUAAAAGUGUUUA